GAUAAUCAGACUAAUCACACAGUGACCACCGUCCACCGGAGCACAGUACCGGCGACAUGCCGGCAUCCACCGCCAUGUCCCCGCGCCUCCGUCUCCACCACCUCCUCCUCUCCAUCCUCUCCGCUCUCCCAACCUGCCCUCUCGAUCACUCCACCCCCACCUCCGCCGCCGCCGCCGCCGCCGCCACGGCGAGCCAUCACCACGUCGUCACCACGCUCCCGGGCUACGACGGCGAGCUCCCGUUCCGCCUCGAGACGGGCUACGUCGCCGUCGACGAGGAGGAGCACGGCGCGGAGCUCUUCUACUACUUCGUCGAGUCCGAGUCCGGCGACCCGCGCCGCGACCCGCUCCUCCUCUGGCUCACCGGCGGCGCCCGCUGCAGCGUGCUCAGCGGCGUCUUCUUCGAGGUCGGCCCGGUGAGGCUGGCCUUGGAGCACCACCGCCCCUACGACGCCGGCGAGCUCCCGCGGCUGAGGUACCACCCCCACGGCUGGACCAAGGCGGCGAGCGUCCUCUUCGUCGACUCGCCGGUCGGCGCCGGCUGGAGCUUCUCCCGCCACCCCGACGGCUACCUCGUCGGCGACGUCUCCGCCUCGCUGCAGCUCAAGCACUUCCUCGCGAAGUGGAUUAGUGAUCAUCCGGAGUAUCUCGCAAAUCCUUUCUACAUUGGAGGUGACUCCUACGCAGGGAAGAUCGUCCCAUUUCUCGCGCAGAAGAUCUCUGAAGAUAUCGAAGCUGGGGUGAGGCCAAUUGUUGAUCUCAAGGGCUAUCUAGUAGGUAAUCCGGUUACAGGUGAAAGCAUUGACUUCGAUUCGAGAGUGCCGUAUGCUCAUGGAGUUGGGAUCAUUUCAGAUCAGUUGUACGAGACGAUAAUGGAGCACUGCCAAGGAGAGGAUUAUAGCAACCCCAAGAAUGCUAUUUGCCGUCAAGCUUUGGAUAGGUUUAACGAACUGCUUGGCGAAAGUUCUGGCGGACAUAUCUUGUACAACUAUUGUAUUUACGAUAGUGAUAUAGAUGGAUCGAUCCAGGAAAAACGAAAGAUUCCACCAUUUCCUCCAAGAGAAUGUAUUCAACAGACAUAUGGCAAUUAUUUAAUAUAUUUUUGGGCUAACAACAACAUCACACGAGAAGCUCUUGGGAUAAAGAUGGGAAGUGUCGAUGAGUGGUUAAGGUGCCACAAUGGAGAUCUGCCUUACUCGAUGGACAUCAAAAGCAACAUAAAGUUUCAUCACAAUGUUACAACAAAAGGUUACCGUGCCUUGGUAUACAGUGGUGACCAUGAUGCAAUGAUACCAUUUUUGGGCACACAAGCCUGGGUGAGAUCACUCAACUUCUCUGUUGUAGAUGACUGGAGGGCUUGGCACGUCGAUGGCCAGUCAGCAGGGUUCACCAUAACGUAUAUGAACAACAUGACUUUCGCUACUGUAAAGGGUGGUAGCCACACAGUACCAGAGUUUGAACCAGAGAGAAGUCUCGCCAUGUUCAAGCGUUGGAUUUCUAAUGAACCGCUUUGAUGAGUAAUGACUACUAUCAAAAGUUCCACACAUAUAAUGAUAUUGUAAAAGUUUUAUUUAUUAUGACGUGGACAAACAUCAAACAUCAAUUUUCUUAUCCUACAGUAAUAAAUUUUUAGUUUCCACUGCAUAGUUUCCCUCCUUAUAGUAAAAAAUUUAGUCCGAACCAAUUAAUGAAUCUUGCGCAUCAAUUGUUGAAUGCUUAAACAUAACCAAUAAU